AUGGGCUGGUUACACGAUUGGAUGGCACGAGAGACAGACGCAAGGGAUGACCCGCAGUAUCGUUUAGCCUCGGACGGUAUCCACGAUGACUUGCCUGCAGUUGAACCUCGAGACGACAAGGGCAACAGAAGGGGCAACGGCGGUAAUGGAAACGGGCACAACGGCGGCAGAAGAGGUGACAGCGCCGACGAGCAAGGCGGUGACAAAGACAAGGGAAAUGGUGGAGAUGGCGAUAAGAACAAGAACAGCUCUCUGGUCCGAGGAGCCGUCGACAUGGCCCAAACUGGACGGCGCAGCGUCGGUGAUGGCACGGGCGGCCAAGGGGCAGUGGAUACUUCGUCGUGGCGGACGUGGCACCCGUAUCGCCCACCGUCGGCUCAGUCGGACACGGCAGCCGCUGCGGCAGACCUGCUGGAACCACCUGCUCCAGCAUUCUCGAGAUCGAACCAGGACGCGCGCAGGACUCUGAACACUUGGGAGACAAGCUCUGAGCCCGACUCGCCGGCGGCUGACCGGUUCUCUGCGACCGCGCUGGCUACAUACCUAUCGCCUGCGCCGACACGCCCGAGGCGUAUUGGUGGCUCGACACAGGUCUGA